AUGGGAUGGAUGGCCAAAUUCCACAUCGAUGUUAUCACGUUACGGACGUUUCUCAAGGUGCUAGCACAUGGAUAUCGGGCCGAUAACCCGUUCCACAAUGCUGUACACGCUGCCGAUGUGACCCAGGCAGUAUACUACUUUAUAAACAGUCCUGGAUUAAGGGACAGACUCACCGACGUUGAGAAGUUCACGGCUGUGAUUGCCGCAGUGAUACACGAUGUGGACCACCCAGGACUCAAUAACGCGUUUUUGGAAAAAUCGAAUGACCUAAUCAAUCUCAUACACGGGUCGUCUGGAACAUUAGAGAGACAUCAUCUAACGGCAGGGCUGGAUGUGCUCUUUAGGUGCGACUUGCUAAAACAGAUGACCCCCGAAGAUCGGGAACACGUCUGCUCGCUAGUGAAAGAAUUGGUUCUGGCGACAGAUAUGGCGCGGCACGGCGAGUUCAUGGAGAAGUUCAAUGGUCUGCACACAAAUGGGGUUGACUGGUCAAAUAGUGGUGAGUUUGGUGCUAUGCGAACGAGCAAUCUGAAUAUUAGUAUAAAGGCCGGCUCUAUCCGCAAUACAUGA